AUGGGAGGCAACGACCUCAACCUCAAGAAAUCAUGGCAUCCCCAGUUGAUGACCAACCAGCGGCGCGUUUACGACGCCGAGCAGGCAGCGCUGCAAGAACGAAAGCUCACCGAAGCCCGGCUCGAAGAAAUCAGGCGCGAGCGACAGAUCGAGGAGACCCAGAAGCAGCUCGAGGCUGCUGGGGGCCAGAAGAAGGUUGAUCGUGUGGAAUGGAUGUAUCAAGGCCCUAACGACGGCGGGCGCGACGAAUACUCGAGCGAAGCAUUCCUCCUCGGCAAGCGACGCAUCGACUCCGUCCUUCGAGGCGACGACAUGAAGAAGGUGGAGAAGACCGCAGGGCCGACUGGCGAAACCCCGGGUCCUGUCCCAGUCAUCGCCUCGGCGCGAGACACGGCAGCCAAGAUACGUGAAGAUCCUCUCGUGGCGAUCAAGAGGCAGGAACAAGGCGCAUAUCAGGCCAUGAUGAGGGAUCCCUCCAAACGCCGGCAACUUCUGGCGCAAAUGGGAAUUGUGGAAGAAAAGCCCAAAUCGAAGCACAGGGAGCAUAGGGAGCACAGGCAUCGCAGCCACAGGUCGCAUCAUCGUCACCGGGAUGAUGACUAUGAGCGCGAACAUCGUCACAGACGCCGGCGAGAGGACUCGAGAGAAAGAUCGCGAAGCCCCCGUCGAUACGACGACGAAUCAGACCAUGAAAGGCGGCGCAAGAGGCGGCGCUCACACUCACGGGACAGAUCGCCACCCACGCAUCGCGAUGAUGACGAUUCGGGCAGUGGAAGACGCCACAGGAGUCGCCGUUCAGACUCUCGCGAUGGGUCUCGGGCUUGGCGGCGUAAUGACUCUGGUGACGACGACGGGGAGAGGCCACCGAGAAGGGAGUAUUCAGACAUUCGGCGGUACGACUCGGAGGAUCGGAGGGAAGUCAAGGAGAGGAGACACUCCCCAAACCGGAAACGCUCUCAACGCGAUCUCAACGGGGGAGCACGCCGCACCGAAAACCGCGAUGAUGAGGAGGAGAGGGCAAGGAAGCUUGCGGCCAUGCAGAAUGAUGCCACAGACCUGGACAGAGCCAGGGAAGCCCGUCUCGCAGCUCUGGCGGAAAAGGAACAGGCAGAUCGCGAGGCUGAUGACCGAGCCCGAGCGAAUUCAUCCAAGUACGGAGGCCGGGAGUUCGCACACAAGCUUCACAACGCGGCAGGGAAUGGGUCUCUGGCGGACAGAAUCGGUCGCGGCCGCCAAGGAUUCCAGAGGGACGACGACUGA